CCCUGUCGUGUGGCGGACCCGCUUGACGUUGCAAAGCAGCCCUUUCAUUCCUCGACUAGAUCUCCAUUUUCUUCGACCCGAGACACGGGAAAAGCGGGGUGAUUAACUGGGAAAAUGAAUGAAGAAUACGACGUCAUUGUUCUGGGGACCGGCCUGACGGAAUGCAUCCUGUCAGGGAUCAUGUCCGUGAAGGGGAAGAAGGUGCUGCACAUGGACCGCAACUCCUACUACGGAGGAGAGAGCGCCUCCAUAACACCACUGGAGGAUCUCUAUAAACGGUUCAGCCUGCCUGGUAGCCCACCUGAUUCUAUGGGGAAGGGCCGUGACUGGAAUGUGGAUCUCAUCCCCAAGUUCCUCAUGGCCAAUGGCCAGCUGGUUCGCAUGCUGCUGAUCACUCAGGUGACACGUUACCUGGACUUCAAGGUGAUCGAGGGCAGCUUCGUCUACAAGAAGGGCAGCAUCUACAAGGUGCCUUCCACUGAGACUGAGGCCCUAGCAUCAAGUCUCAUGGGUCUCUUUGAGAAGAGGCGCUUCCGUAAGUUCCUGGUCUUCGUGGCCAACUACGAUGAGAACGACCCUAAAACCAUGGAAGGCGUGGAUCCCAAAAAGACCACCAUGCGUGAUGUCUACAAGAAGUUCGACCUGGGCCAGGAUGUUGUGGACUUCACAGGCCAUGCCCUAGCUCUCUACCGCACAGAUGACUACCUGGACCUGCCGUGCAUUGACACCUUCCACAGGAUCAAGCUGUACAGUGAGUCUCUGGCUCGCUACGGCAAGAGUCCAUACCUGUACCCUCUGUAUGGCCUCGGGGAGUUACCUCAGGGCUUUGCCAGACUAAGUGCCAUCUAUGGAGGAACCUACAUGUUGAAUAAGCCCAUUGAGGAGAUCAUUAUUGAGAACGGAAAGGUAGUCGGCGUUAAAUCAGAGGGAGAGAUUGCUCGCUGUAAGCAGCUGAUCUGCGACCCCAGCUACUUAAUGGAACGGGCCAAAAAGGUGGGCCAGGUGAUCCGAGUUAUCUGUGUCAUGAACCACCCCAUCAAGAGCACCAGCGACGCUAACUCCUGCCAGAUCAUCAUCCCCCAGAACCAGGUCAACAGGAAACACGACAUCUACGUGUGUAUGAUCUCAUACGCACACAACGUUGCGGCGCAGGGCAAGUACGUAGCCAUCGUCAGCACCGCAGUGGAGACCAACGACCCUGAGAAGGAGAUCAAACCUGCCCUGGACCUCCUGGAGCCCAUUGAGCAGAAGUUUGUGAGCAUCAGUGACCUGCAUGAACCAACUGACAUGGGAGCCGAAAGUCAGGUCUUCAUCUCGCGUACUUAUGACGCCACCACCCACUUCGAGACCACCUGCGACGACAUCAAGGACAUCUACCGGCGCAUGACGGGCACAGACUUUGACUUUGCGGAGAUGGAGCGCAAGCAGAACGACAUCUUCGGCGACGCGGCUGACCAGUAGAGAGAGCUAGCGGGCCAGAUUGCCCAGACAUGGCGUUAUAAUCUCCAGUUUAAAAAAAAAAUGCAACAGAAAUAAAAAAAAACAAACAUAAACAAAACAGACCGACAACCAACCAAAAGAAAUGGGCUAGCUGAUGAUCACACGUAUGUUUUUUGUCUUGUUUUGUUUUUUUUGUUUUUUUCCCUUUUCUUUUUUUCUUUUUCUUUUUGCCCUUAUUAAGAAGUUGAAGAUACUCAGUUACAAACUUAGCAUUUUACUUUGGGAAAUGGUAGGGUGACAUCAGCUCAUUUCCAGUCAGGGGGUAGAUCUGGAGUGAUGGGAUGCUGGUUGAAAAAAAGUAUGCUCUCUCUCUCUCUGUCUUUCUCGCUCUCGCUCUCUCUCAGCGAUGCCAAAUAACCAGCGGUAUUAUCAAGUCUUACGACCACACCUACCAGUACUUAUCCAUUCACAGUGACGAGAGUGAGAGAGAGAGAGAGUAGGGGUGUGUGUUGUGGGUUUGUAAAGGAGAGAAGAGACAUUCUGUGCAAAAAAACUGAAUAUGCCCCCCCCCCCUCCCCCGCGCUUAAGGAGUUGAUUUGCGUGUGCGUGCGUGUGUGUGUGUGUAUGUAUGUGUGUGUGUGACGUGUGUGGUGUGUGUUGUAGCGGUAAUGUUAGUGCUGCGCUUUCUCUUCUCGCUUCAGGAUGUCCUAAAUGUCACCCCCGUACCCUGUUCAAAAAAAAAAAAUGAUCACUGAAUUCUCUGAUUUGAAUCUCGUUUGGCUUGAGUUGUACGUACAGUUACCAAUCAGAAAUAUCUUACUGCAGCGACCAUUGCAGAGUUCCAGGGUGGACCGUUCUGUCCGCCCCGCCGAUUUAGAGGAAAAUUCAAAACAGCCAGUCACAGCUAGUUAUUAAGGCUGCUUGCAUCAUGUUACAGCAGCAACCCCCAAAAAGUGCUGUCAACAAGCGUGAUUAGAGUUUGAUUGACACCUUUGCUUUCUCUGCCUCUGCAGCUCGCUUCCUCAUUGGCAAAACCUCACCAUUUUAUUAGCCAGAGCUGCAAAACAAGCACUUACACAGCUCACGCGGUUUUGUGUGUGUGUACGGCCAGAGUGUACUCUCUUCCUAGACACCCAAAUAGAUGCUGAAGUUUUGAAGGCGAAAGGGGGAGGGGUGGGGGGCAGACAUGGUUGCUGAGUUGUGCUGUAAUAUCUGUGUUGUGUUUAGAAAGGACCAAACGUCGCCUGCAGUAUUGACUUGACAGAAGCCCUGUGGGGAGACAUUUAGUGUUUUUAAGAGAACGUUUAAAAAGCUCAAUGUUGUACUAACAGGGCUCAAAUGAUUUCUGUACUGCAAAAUAAACAUGAACUUGUGGAAAAAAA